AUGCGCAGCUCUUUGAGUCCUAGUGCAGAGAGUCAGGGAACAUUAUCUGGGGAUUUUCUUGCAAGCGUUGUGACAAACGAGGAGCGGGGACUUCCGGAGAUCAUCGAGACCCAGAAUGUGCCGAUCCUCUUAUAUGCAAAGCGGAGCGAGGUUGAGUCCGAGGCUAUCCAGCAACUAAUCGCGCUGGCAGAGUCACCCCUGCCAGUGGGAUAUGUUGCGGCCAUGCCAGACGUGCAUGUCGGCAAGGGAGUCACGAUCGGUACAGUAUUUGCAUCUGCCAACUAUGUUGCACCCAUGGCAGUGGGCGUCGACAUUGGCUGCGGGAUGUGUGCUGUCCCUUUUGACGGCAUAAACAAAGACAGCCUCUCGAAGAAACAGCUCAGAAAGAUGCAGGAGCUCAUCAAGGAGCGCGUUCCCACAGGCUUUGAUAUGCACAAGAUUCCAUUGCAUGGCGCGCAAGAAACGAUAGACGACAUCAGCAACAAGAGGGCGCCCUCCAAGUUUGUGGAGGAGAGCAUGUCAGCGCCCAAAGUCCUCAAGCAGCUGGGGACACUGGGGGGUGGCAACCACUUCUUGGAGGUUGUGUACGAUGAGACCGGUCGUGUGUGGAUCAUGCUGCAUUCUGGCAGCCGCAACAUCGGCAACAUCACAGCGACGCACUACGACAAGAUGGCCAAGGAGGGUCUGCAGCAGAGGGGCAUCACGACCCCCCACAACCUCAACUACCUGGAGAUAGACUCCGAGGAGGGCCAGCAGUACCUGCAGGACAUGCUGUGGUGCCAGGAAUAUGCGUGGCACAACCGCUCCUUCAUGCGUGAUCUCAUGAUCGAUAUUGUGGAGGACGUGACCAAGGGCAGCGUCUCCCUGGAUGAGAGCGUCAACAUCCACCACAACUUCUGCCAGUGCGAGCGCUGCAACUACACGGACCCCAGAAGUGGUGCGAAGAUCAGCGCGGAUCUGUAUAUCACUCGGAAGGGAGCGACCCCUGCAGCUCCGGGCCAGAUGGGCCUCAUUCCCGGCAGCAUGGGUACGGGGAGUUAUGUCACGAGGGGACGAGGGAACCCCCAGUCCUGGAGCUCCUGCUCCCACGGGGCCGGCCGCCGCAUGAGCCGCACCGCCGCCAAGAAAGUCAUUUCCCAGGCUGACUUCCAGAAGGCGAUGGAGGGCAUAGUGUGCGACACGAAUGUGAAAGUGAGGGACGAGGCGCCGCAGGCGUACAAGAAUCUGAAUGAGGUGAUGAAGAAUCAGUCAGACCUCGUGGAGGUCGUCACAAGGCUGCGCCCCUUGGUUAAUGUCAAGGGCUUCUAA